AUGUUACUGGAUUUCGUCCUAAAGUACGUUAGAGGAACUCAUCCAGCGGAUUCUGAGGAUGCGUCAAAAGAGGGUAGUCCCUCUGCGGCGAGUGCAUAUGGGGGAAAGGAUAGAAAACACCAUCCGCCUGCAGAGGGACACCGCUCACCGCCAGAUGAAAAUGUAUCCGGUAAUGAACAAGGGAGGGGGAUUAUGACUCUCUUACCAAAGGUUCCGUCUGCAGAAUCAGUGCGCGAUAAACCCUUCUACAGUAACGGCAGCGGUCAUGGGGAACGAAGAGAACUUGAUGGUCAUGAAAAGGAAUCAUCAGUUGAUGGGAAACACCGCCAGCACCGGUCCCACGUCCUGCCGUCCAUGGAUAUGGAUAGGGCCCCGUCUCAAUUUUCGGCGAGCGGUAGCAGACAGCUGGAAGGACCUCACGGGGUUAAUUGCGCCCAAGUAACUGAGCAGUCGCUAGAAGUACAUGAUCCUAACGACGGUGUAGACAGAUGCCACGAUAGGAGUGGGACAGGAACGGCCCACGAUAAUAACCGAUUAGCUGCAGAUCAAAUCGGCUGUACGGCUACGGUUGCUGAGGAGCUGCGGGCUCAUAGGUCAACUACACCCAUUAAAAUAGUAAAUGCAGCUGCGCAGAAUGUGGAGGACGAUAUUGACGAUGACAAUGAGGUUGUGGGGAACGCCCUAGUCAAACCUAUGACCCCCCAAAGCUACUCCUCGCUAAUGUUCAAUAGCGACUUCAGAAAGCUGAACUAUAAGGAAGACGACAUCAAGCGCCGUAUUGCAGUUGGCGAGGGCCGCUCAUUACUUAUACUUCAGAACAGGGGUGUUUCGUGUGACGCGUUGUCUGCGAUUCCCGCACUAGAAAGGCACGUUAGCGACGCGCGGAGUUGCCCUGCUCGUAGCGUACAGUCCAGCGAGUGUGCUGGUGGUGUUCUAACCUCAUCUCCGCGAAAGGAAGAGCCGCAACGGGAGAGAAACUUCCACAGCGAAAAGCGGCCCCCAACAGCGGACACGGAUGGCCAAACAAUAUGCACGUGCGGGUUGACAGUGGGCUCAUCACCAACAGAACAAUUCUCCUGCCCCGGGGGAGCGGCUGAAGAUUCUUUUAAUCGUAAGACUUGCAAAAUUCACGGCACCAAUUUAGGUUGCCGAGCACAUUCUUCCGAGCUUAUAAGUGAAUGGGUCAGCGAGUGUAUACCUCCUGAGCCCGUGGAACUCAUUAAUGUGAACGCGGGACGUCCGCGUGUAAAUGUGUUGAAGAAAGGCGUCAUCAAUUGUUGUGUCGCCGUCAGGAAGUCAUUAGAUGAUGCAAAAAUGAUGCUUAACAACAAGUAUGUCAUAUACUUUAGGUGGUGCCUUGGCGUGGGGUCUUCCUCUAAAGUGUUUCUUUGUUAUAAUCUUCAUGAGAAAGCGUUCUACGCCAUGAAGGUCUACAACCGUGGGAGGCUUAGACGUAAGGGUUUUGGGGCGAACUGCGCCUUGAACAAUGUGCGGCGUGAAAUUGAUAUAAUGAAGAAGUUAAGGCAUCCUAACAUACUUUCACUUGUUGAGGUGAUCGACGACCCCUUCAGCCGAAAAAUUUAUUUAGUCCUUGAGCUUGCCGAGAAGGGCGCUGUCAUGACAUUGGAAGGUGACGGCACUGUCGUGCCAAGUGUUAGUGGGGCUGCUCUGCCAGAAGAAGAAGUCGCACGGGCUAUACGUAGCGUCGUGGAAGCGUUGAUUUACGUCCAUGACCUUGGUAUCGUUCACCGUGAUGUGAAGCCGCAAAAUAUUCUUCUGGAUGCGGAGGAGUGUGUUAAACUCUCCGAUUUUGGGGUCUCAAUAAUGGUGGAUGGGUGUACCUCACCUGUUCCACGUGAGGGAACAGUGGCGUUUCUACCCCCCGAAAUGUUAGCUUCGAGUGAGGUACGGGUUGCCCUCUCUGACGCGGCAUCCCAUAAAGACACUAGUAUCGGGAGCACGAACAGCCAUCAGGUGUGCUCAAGAAUGAAUGACGAACUGCCCGUAAAAACACUCCCGGAAGGUGAGAGAGAAGAGAUUGGUAGUCUGCAAACGACCGACACGUCUGUGAGAACACAGAAUGACAACGCUUCGGUUUCCGUUGGUAGUGAAUGUAAACAAGUUGCGAGCACUGGUGUAGCUUCCUUAUCGGGGAGCAAUAACCCAGGUUGUGAAGUGUCUCCCUCAGACUGCGCAGGAUUACCCGCAUGUGAUCCCACAGGUACUCCCGUGGCUGAUUUCUUCAAGGCAGACGUCUUCGCCUUAGGUGUCACUACGUUUGUGCUUCUCAUGGGCCGACUGCCAUGGUUGGCCCGUAGCUCCCGCUCCCAGAUGAAAGCGAUCAACGCGCAGCCGGAUCCCUUUGAAGAGCCGCUUCGGAAGGCAUACGGGUGUCCCAGCGGAGAGGGCCUGAAAGGUCCGACACUCUGCAAUCGGUCGCUUCAUGGCUCCGAGCCCCCAGAGAGCAGCGCAAUCUUUUUAGAGGGAACCACGGAACGGACAGCUUCACAACAGAUGUUUAGCUCUUCAUCAUGUGGCCGGUUCUUGGCAUCAAAUGAUGCGGAUACACUUGAUCAUCAUGUUAGUCGUAGUUCCACCAAACCCGAUUGCACCGACUGGUGUAAUAGCGGUAUGUCCAGGGUCAGUAGGGAAGAUGAAGUCGGUGCACAACUUUUGGCAUCGUCCCCGACUCAGUGCGCAAUUGGUGGAGAGUGGAAAGACAGUAAGUUGCUUCAGUCGAGUGAGGUCGGAGGGUCCCCACGAGCUCACGAAGAGGCUGAUGGCGCACAACGCUCUCCGUACGGUCAUACUAACACGUCGAUGCGUGUUUGUUGUGGUUGCAGAAGUAGUUCCAACACGGCAACCGUGCCUACGACUUCCUUCGGUUCGUUAAGUGAAGCGGGGAAGGCGCCCGUGUCAAGAGAAAACAAGCCCGAAUUUUCAGCAGUUUCAUGUUUUUCUCAACCAAAUGCGGCCGGAGAGGCGACACCCUUUCGUCGCACCCACUCUCCAUCCAAGUUCCCUUUGGGUAGAAGAUCAACAUCUGUGUUUGUUAGCAAUAAUUCAUCUUUGCACAGCUGGAGGAUUCAAGAGGGCCACCAACCACAUGCUGGAGAUGCGGUGCUCAACGAGGAUUUGGAAGGUUCAUUGACUAGUGACGCCAACUUCCCUCUGUCAGCGGGGAGGGAGUUUACCUUUCCUCUUUGCCAACACUGUGCUACGUGCAACAACACUAAUAACGGCCCUUACACGGAGUCUGGUGUGGGAGACACGAUGUCAGGAGAACAAACCUCAGGAAGCAAAAUGGAGGUGCCAGAAAGAAGAGGAUUGCCAGAGACGGAUACGCACAAGUGCAUCUCCGCUGAUGCCAUUGAGUUCGUGAGGUCUUGCCUAAGGAUUAAUCCCAUGGAACGUAGCACCAUGAAGGAACUGUAUGAAAUGCCGUGGCUACAAAAGGGACGUUAG